AUGCAAAGUUGUCAACCUCCGAAAAUCAUCGACACUCGACCCUUUCGACUUUUGGAUCUUCCUAAAGGACCACUUACCCGAAUCCUGCUUGGCUUCGAUUUCUUCGAACUUGCUUUGGCAAACCGGAAAACUCGGCGAGUGUUGAAAACGUUGGAUUUGGAAAUUGAUGGGUUUGUUAUUCAUCAUUUGGAAGGAAGACACGGAUUCAACUUGAGCUUCGGAGGAGGCAGAAAUUCUGUAUCAUGGUAUUUUUUGGAUGUUCCGGAAGCCAAAGAUCCAAAAGACUUCAAGACUUGCUUCUCGGUGGCAGGGGUCGACUUCCCAACAAAGAUCCGUACCCAACCAGACGCUAACGGCCUAUGCAAUGGAUUCGAAAACAUUUCGCUUUACAAUUCGAGCAAACUCAAAUCCGGAUACCGUCCAUUCCGAGAGACGUUCAAUGUGGCAGACAUCACUAAAAGAUCCAAAGGUCAGCAGUACUAUAAUGUAAGGUACACUCCAAUUUCAAUGAGUGGUGGACCCCUUCCAAAGUGUUGGACUCCAAAUGUGACCACUGAUUAUCAAAAUUCGCUGGAUUGCUUCGUAAAAUUUGUGCAGGAAGUUUUCAAAUGUGGAAUCACGGGGUACCAUAUGGAUAUUCGAAGUGUUCCAAACUUUGGAAAGUUCUUCACUAAAAAUGUAAUUCGGACGCCAUGCAAGACUUUUGAGUUGAGUGGAGUUCGACCGCAAGCUGAUUCCCCAUUGACAAUGGAAGCAUAUGAUAUUGAUUGGCUGCUCACGAACACUCCGUUGAACACAAAGCUGACUAUCAAUUUUGAGAGAAUCGCUGGCAUUUUCAAGCUGGAAGUGCCACUCACUCAAAAAGCCAUAACCUUCAACUGCGUUAUGAAAUGGUUCACUUAUGAAAACCUCAUUGAAUCCAAAUGCAAUCAACUUGAAAUUGAAACCGGAUGUCUUUUAGAGGCCAAUGAUUAUCGAGAGUUCAUAGAACAUUGGCUCAAAGGAGGUAACAAAGGGUUUAGAUAUUUGGAUAUUCGGAUCGGAAUUCGACAUACCGAGAAUAUGAAGAAAGUUCUUUUUGGAGCAUUUAAAGUGGAAGAAUGUGACAAAAGAAGACGAACUGAGGAUUAUGAAUACACCCCUCUGCACCUCAUGCCAGAUUGGCAUGACCAAACAGCAUUCGUGAAUUCUCGUGAUCUCCGAAGAAGUGACGGAACAAUGUCGUCUAUCGUAGUUCAUGGAGAGUGCCUCAUUUUUGUAGUUUGGCAGAAGAAAACUGUCAAUAAGAAGGGAUAA